AGAAAUCUAUCCAACUUGGAGUAAAAAUGUCAGAUGUACUCAACUGUAACCCUUGAGGAAACUCUAGACAGUAUGUAUGAAGUGGGAUAAACAAGAGAAGAAAAAAGAAUGAAAAUGAAGAAUCCAGCGUUGUUGUUGUUGUUUGUUGUUAUUGUUGUUGUGAGAGGAAGAUGUCCUCCUCCUGAUGAUAUAGCACCUUGUCAGUGUAGGACAAGAGGUCCGAGCAUUCAAGUCAGAUGUGUCAAUAGUAUGAUGUCCAGGAUUCUUGAAGCAAUGAUGAAUAUCAGGAAUGUUGUGGAUAGAGUUGAUGUUCUAAUUCUAGAAAAUAAUAAUAUUCCUCAUUUACCCUCACGAGCUUUAGGUUCAGUGAAGGUGAACAGAUUAUUUCUGGAGAAUAAUCGAAUACAGACUAUUGACAGAAAUGCUUUUGCAGGAGUUGAGGGAUAUAUAACUGAAAUAUAUCUGAAGGAACCAGGGUUAAGACAGAUUCCAACUGAUGCUAUAGAUUUUCUCAAAGAACUAACAGUUUUUAGUGUUGAAAGCUCAGAGAUAACUGAGAUGCCACGUGUGGUUGGUUUGCAGAAGCUAAAGCUCUUUAAAAUCGACGGAUCCAAUAUAACAGACAUUCAGGAUUUUACGUUGAAAAAUCUGCCAGGGCUUAGGUAUCUGCACGUGACAAACUCUAAACUCAAAAGACUUGAGACUGGAAUUUUAGAAAACCUGCCUUUUCUACUCCUUGCUAACUUUACAGGCAACGAUAUUUCCUGGAUCCAUCCUAGGUCGUUCCGGUACAUGGAGCAGUUGGAACAAGUUAUCCUGGCACACAAUUCAAUAGGUGAUGCAUCUAUUGUUGGUCAGGCGGUUAAAGUCAUCAAAACAAUAAAAACACUUGACAUCAGCAAUAACAGAAUGGAUAAACUAAGAGAAAGAAGCUUCGUAGAUAUUAACAGUCUGGAGGAAUUGGAUUUAUCAAACAAUAAUAUAGUUCUCAUGCAGAGAGGAGCUCUCACUAGACUUCCGAGGUUGAAAAAGUUGGAUCUAAGGAGCAAUGAUAUCAGAAGCUUUCACAGCGACAUAUUCUUGGAUGUACCGCAGCUCAUGGAAAUAGAUCUACACGACAACAAGAUUAGUCGUUUAUCCGAUGUGAGCUUUCUGCAGGGUUCAGUUCCUCUUCUCCGAGUUCUAGAUCUAGGUCUCAACCUGAUCGAGGAUAUACCCUACGGAGCUCUCAGAGGUUAUCCUACCCUGGAGAAGCUAGUCCUUGGCUGGAACCAGAUAUCCGGUCUAGCUAAGGACGCAUUUGCUGACCUGCCGACUCUCCUGGAGUUAGACCUGAGUAGGAACCGUCUCACCAGUGAGAAUCUAGACGGAAAUGUAUUCAACCUUCGUAAUCUUCAGAUUCUGGAUUUAUCCGAGAACAAGUUGAGUAGGAUAGACCGAAGUCUCCUAGGUUCUCUAGGCUCCCUGAGAAGGCUGAACCUAGCUCAGAACGGGAUAACGGAGAUGGCUGAAGACUCAUUCCAACCUGUCAGGAGAGAAAUCAUUUUUCAAAUUUUUCUUGUAGAUUUUUAAAAAGACUUUUGACCU